UUUUUUUUUCAGGAGUUUAAUUCGGUUGCAUGUUCUUCUGUAAUAAAGUUUAAUAUUUUCUCUUUGCCCAGUCCUUUUAGAUAUAUAUUUGUUGGUUUAUGAUUUGUGAAUGCUCUCUGUAUUUUUUUUUUUAUAUAGCCUUCCUCCUUGAAUUUCUAUUGGCUGUUGUCAAUCAUAACAUAGUUUGAUUUUUGGAUUCAUCCUAUGGGGACUUCAUGCUGGUUGUGGGGUUUUCAAUCUGAUAUGCUGUGUCAAAUUGUUAACUAUAAUUUUACUGAAGAAUCUGUCUUAGGAAGGUGUGUGGGAGAUCAUUGAGGCCUUUAAUGUUUAGUUAUAAUAGAAAUAAUCUAUGGUCCGAGGGAGAAGAAAUUAGGAUGUGAUUUUGAUGGGUGAUAAAGGGUUAGUUAUAAUAGUUAUUAAUUAGCCAAUCCUGGUACAAAUAAUCCGAAAAGGUUUCAUUUUGUAUUGUACUUUGAAUGUUCCAGUGGUCAUUUAGGACAUUGGAGUUCAGUUUUAUGUGUCCAGUGAUUAGUGGUGACCAAGUUAGCCUACACUUUUUAAGUUCAAAUUUGUACCCUUUUAACCAAUCCAAGAGAUUUUUUUAUAUAAUAAAGAAUCUUGUGAUUAAUGGUCAUGAGUUGAACUGCAGUUCGGAUUUAGAAGUUGAUGAUAUUAGAUGCCCCAAUAUAGCAGAGAAAGAUGUCAGUGAUGAAGAGAUUGAAGCAGAAGAAUUGGAGCGGCGGAUGUGGAAGGAUCGAAUCAAACUCAAAAGGCUAAAGGAAAGACAGAAGCUGGCGAUUCAGCAAGCUGCAGAGAAGCAAAAGCCAAGGCAGUCCAGUGAUCAAGCUCGUAGGAAGAAAAUGUCAAGAGCACAGGAUGGGAUUCUGAAGUAUAUGCUGAAGCUUAUGGAAGUCUGCAAAGCUCGUGGAUUUGUAUACGGGAUCAUUCCUGAGAAGGGAAAGCCGGUUAGUGGUUCCUCUGAUAACAUUAGAGCAUGGUGGAAGGAGAAGGUAAAGUUUGAUAAGAAUGGCCCUGCAGCUAUAGCCAAGUAUGAAGCUGAGUGUCUUGCUAUGAGUGAGGCCGAUAAAAGCCGAAACGGUAACUCGCAGAGCAUUCUCCAAGACCUGCAAGAUGCAACACUUGGAUCACUUUUGUCUUCUUUGAUGCAACAUUGUGAUCCUCCUCAGAGGAAGUAUCCAUUGGAAAAGGGUGUACCUCCACCAUGGUGGCCAACUGGUAAUGAAGAUUGGUGGUCACAGUUGAAUUUACCUCAUGGGCAGAGUCCUCCUUAUAAGAAGCCACAUGAUUUGAAGAAGAUGUGGAAAGUGGGAGUGCUCACUGCUGUUAUAAAGCACAUGUCACCUAAUAUUGCAAAGAUAAGGAGGCAUGUUCGGCAGUCAAAAUGCUUGCAGGACAAGAUGACAGCAAAGGAAAGUGCAAUUUGGUUGGGGGUAUUAAGUCGAGAAGAAGCUCUCAUUAGGCAGCCUAGUAGUGACAAUGGUACAUCUGGAGUAACUGGAAUGCUACCUGGUGUUCCUGCUGAGAAUAAGCAAGCUGCUACUAGUAGUGCAAGCAACUAUGAUGUCGAUGGUACUGAUGAUGGCAUUGGUUCUGUUUCGUCUAAAGAGGAUAGGAGAAUUCAGAUUGUGGAAACUGAACCACCAGUUAACCCGCGCAGGGUUAGGAAGCAUGUCCAAGAUAGAGAUCAAUCUAAGCAGCGACCGAGAAAACUCCGAGUGACAUCAAGGACUGUUGACAAACCACCAGCACAAUCUGACAAUGAAGUUUUACAUGCUGAGCCAAGAAGUAAAGGGCUCAAUAUUAACCAGACAGGAGCAGAAGUAGUACGAAUCCAGAUUCAUGGAAAUGAACAGUCCAAUGAGACAGAUUCUGCUGCAAGGCCACUGGAAAAGGAGCUUGAGGUGCCUGCACAACUACCUGCACCCGAGUUUGAUCAUUACUCUUAUCUACAUACAAACAACUUAAUUUCCACAGAAAGUAUUUAUACGAGUGGAAGGCCAAUACACUAUCCUGAGUUGCAAAACCCUGACAUGCAGCAUGAACCCACUUAUAAUCUUUAUAAUCCCGCAGCAGGGUAUGAUCCUGGUCAUAGGCAGCAGCUACAUCCUGGGAACAACAGUGAAGGAAGGCCAGAGAUUGAUGCAGUUCAUGUACAGGCUGUGCAUAUGAAAGGGGAUGAAAUUACUGGAGGAGAUCUGCAAUAUUUUGGUAAAGAUGCAUUUCAGAAUGAGCUUGAUAGACCUAUUGAUCACUCUUUCUUUGGAUCACCGCUUAGUAGCAUGUCAUUAGAUUUUGGAGGACUUAACAGUCCAUUGCAUUUAGAUGAUUUCUUGGGUGAUGAUGAAAUGAUACAGUACUUUGGAGCAUAAUUUAUUGAAACUGCUAGCUCAGCAGAGACAGAAUAACAAAAAUUCCAGUGCCUGUUGCUUAUCUGGGUAAAGGUUCCCAGAUUGGUAUUUGUGUCUAUGGAGUUUGAGGUUAAAUUUUUUUAACUAACAGGUCAUAAGCAGGGUAUUAGAAGAACCGAAGCAUGAACUCCUGUAUCAAUUACUACAUUUCCAUAACAAUAAAUAUGUUUUAGGGUUCAAUGUAAACUUAUCAAUUGUUGUGUUCACUGAACUGCACAUAUGAAUGAAUGUUUAGUAUUUUUAGAUUUUUAGAAUAGGGUUGCCUCCAAAUUUAAUAAAUUAUCCUUGUUUC